AUGGGUCCAAAAUGGGCAGAGGCAAACGGAGCCGACCAAAUCCAACCGCGGCAAAUCCAAUGCUCUGGCGUGUGGGUACAGACAGGCAAAGUCCGAUCAGCUUUCAGAAGAUGCGAUGUUUGGGCUGGACCUGGUUUAGCCUGUCCUAUCGCACAAAUGGCGAAGGCCUAUAAAGCAUAUGACGACGACGGUGAUGCAAGGAGAAUGGACAGCCACAUGAGAAAAAACUCAAAAGAAAGGUAUGGUGGUGCAGUUGGAAUACGAAAUGUUAGAAAUGAAGGAAUAAAAUCUUUCGUGAAAAGAUAUGUUUCUGAAGAGUAG